AAAUUCGAAAGGAAGCAACGAGCGUGACCAUUUACUAAUUAAUUAUUCAUUAUAUUAAGAAAUAAAUAGCUUUUUUUGGAAGCAAGCAUUGCUUACAUUAUAAUUGAUAAUACAUUCUUAUUUGUUUUACAAACAUACAUAAACUGUGCAGCUUUUAUGGUCGAAGCGCGUGGCGAAAUAUAUUCUUUAACCUUCAAAGAUAAUAAGGUUAACCACAUGAACUAUUGAUAAUACAAAUACAAAACAAAAUUUUUUUAAAAAAAAAGAAAAAUAAAAUAAAAAUAAUUUCUUUAAUAUAUAUUACAUCACUAGACUAGACAUAAAAGUAAUAAAAAUUAUGUCGUCAAAAUCUACUGUGACGGAUCCGCAGACACAAACACCAACGAAAAAUAUUAUUUUAUCUUACAGUAGUAACUUUACUCCUACCAUUAAUAAUACAACUUCUUUACGCAAUGCACACCGGAACGUUAUGGCACAUACUCGUAACUCCUCCUCCCCUGCUUCAUAUUUUAACUCAAAUUCAACAUCUCAUCGUCGUGUAUAUAGUGCAAAAAGUAUAUUAAGAGAAAGUUAUUCAGGAAAUAGUAAAAGUUUAAAGAGUAAAGAAUCAAAUAAUAUCAAGAAUAAUGACGAGGAAAUACACCGUUUGAUAAAUUCUGAUAGCGCGACCAUAGAAAAAUCUAAUGAUUUUCCCGAAUCUUCUUACGCGGCUGCUAAUUCUUCAGACGUUUAUUCACAAACUGAGAAUAUUAAUAGAAGAUCCUCUAUCUCACUUUCUUCUUCAUCCUCCAUUCGUUCAGUGCACCCAUUUACUCAUAUCCAUAAAAAACGUUUGUCAAGAACAAUUCAACAUAUUUCUUCAUUUAUACAAAUUGUCGCGAAUAUUACUUCUACAAUAUCUGUUCCAAUAACUAUUGAAAAAACUUACACCGUAGAAAGGUUAGCAAGACAGAUUGAAGCAGA